UAGGGCAAAAACCAAAAGUUGUUGCCCAUGGAGUCCCGAGGACCGAGUUUGGGAAACCCUGCUUAAGGUGUUUUAGAUGCCAAGCUUAUGGUCAUGUUUCAUCGCAGUGUAGGGGGGAGAUUCCAAGAUGUGAGCAGUGUGCAGUAGGUGGCGGCAUGCACAAACAAAUGUGCGAACGCGAUGAUACCAAAAGAAGAAGAAGAAGAAGAAGAAACGGUUUCCGUUUAUACAGGAAGUAACUGCACCAGACACACGGUUUUAAAGGCGACUUAAAUUUGGUCAUUUGAUUCGUAAAUUGGGCAAUUGAAUAUUUGAAGAUUAACAACCUUUUAAUCUAGAAGAUUGUGCAUUUGGUGUUUGAACCAACUGGAUGUUGAGUGUGCGGGCUCUGUUUAGGAUUGGGUUCCUUGUGACAUUACGGGCAACCACAGUCCUCUCCCGCAGGAGGGCAUGUCCAUUGGUCAGUGUGACGAAUAGUCUAUAUAAGGAGUGCUUCAGUGGACAAGUGUCCACCAUGGCCCAGUCCAUAAAAUACCUUGGGCAGGAGGAGGCUCAACAAAUUGACGAGGAGUUGUUCUCAGAGUAUGGCUUCAGUGUGGACCAGCUGAUGGAGCUGGCUGGGCUCAGCUGUGCUACAGCAAUCACCAGGGCCUACCCCACCAGCUCUCUGGUCAAAGCCAGACCCUCUUUGCUUGUGAUUUGUGGCCCAGGUAACAAUGGAGGAGAUGGCCUGGUCUGUGCCAGACAUCUCAAACUCUUUGGUUAUGCACCCACCAUACUGUACCCAAAGAGGCCAAACAAACUGUUGUUCCAGGGUCUGACCACCCAGUGUGAGAAGAUGGACAUCCCUUUCCUAACUGAAAUGCCUGAGGUACUAGUGAGCUCUGGCUCCUGUGUUAACCUCAGAACAAAGUCUAUUUGGUUGUUAGGUGUGUGUCCUGACUCCUCGGCUACCUCACGCAAUGGUGGUCGACGAGGCUUACAACCUGGUGAUAGACGCCAUCUUUGGCUUCAGCUUCAAGGGUGCAGUGCGGGAGCCUUUUGGCUCCAUCCUGGACGUGCUGAAGAAGACCACUGUACCCAUAGUUAGUAUUGACAUCCCCUCAGGUUGGGAUGUGGAGCAGGGCAGCACAGAUGGACUCCAGCCAGACAUGCUAAUCUCCCUGACUGCCCCUAAGAAGUCAGCAAAACACUUCUGUGGACGCUACCACUAUCUGGGGGGACGUUUUGUGCCUCCUGCCAUGGAGAAGAAGUACCAGCUCAACCUUCCUCUGUACCCCAAUACUGACUGUGUGUACCAGCUGCAGUAGUGCCAACCAGUGAUAUGUGUAUGUAUGUGUAUAUACACAUGUAUAUGUAAAAAAAAAAGAUUGGUGGGUAAAUGCUAUUCGCAGUGAGUAAUGUAUAACACAUGUAAUACCCUCUAUCUUAUGUUCAAAACAUUUUAUUGUGCAUUAAUUGGGGUUUCACACAUUUCACCCAUGAGUCAUUCAUGCAAAAUCUAUGUUUUCUGUGAAUUACUAUGAUAACAUUUAGUUUAGUCACCAAAACAUCAGAUAAUGCUAACUAUUUGUUUAUGCUAUUUUAACAACUAAAAAAAUACAAGAUACAAAUGUCAA